AUGGACGGGCCCAGCGGAGGAUUUGGGGCGCGUGGCAGCGACGUCUCCUCCCCUUCCUUCCCCGCCCCUCCCGGCCCCUCCCCCUCCCCCUCCCCCUCCUCGAGCGCGGCCGCCGCCUCCCACCGCGGGAUCCCGGCCGGCAGCGGCUCCUGCGUCCGUCGGUCCGCGCGCGGCGGGGCGGGGCGGGGAGGCGGGGAGCGCGCGGGGGCGGGGCGGGGAGGCGGCGCGGCCGAGCGCCACGGGAAGCAGCCAGCGCCGGGGACAGGCGGUGAGCGCGGCACGGAGGGACCCCAGCCCCGGCUCCUGCGGGGGGAGUGGGGGGGCGUGGGCUGCUCCUCUGGGGAGGGGGGGACAGUGACCAUCCAGCUCCUGUCGCCCCUGAUCACGCGACCCCCGAGGGGCCCUGGGCCGCGCCCGCUGCGCCGCGCAUCCCCGCGCACCCCGCAUCCCCGGCAGGGCGCGGGCCCAGGGUUGGGGGGACGCUCGCGAGCUCGGAGGCGAGGUCGCGAGCACGAGUGGGGUGGGGCGUGCCCACGGCCCCCGCCCCCCUCGGCCCCUUCUUCCCUUCCCAAGCCCAGUCCCGAGCCGCAGUCCCCGCGCGCGAGCCGUGGGUCCGUGUCGCCCCCCUUCCCCGCCCGUUCUGUGAACACCCAGGCUUCCUGCACGCUGUGGAGAGGGGACUAG